CCCCGUUCUUUCACAUCAGCUGCACUUUGGAAAAUGCCAAAUACACUGAACGAUGAUGCCACUAACCCUCUCAUCACUACCUCCAGAGGUCCUUUCCGCCGUCUGUGAACAUCUCCCCCUGUCAGACCUCGCAAGGCUCAUCCGCACAUCAAAAUUCCUGGCUUGGAUCGGGACCCGGCUUUUAUAUGACAGGGGAUUUUUCAGUACCGUCCUUCCAAAAGCCAGAUUCAGCAUUGCAAGGUUACGGUCGCAAUUCAUUCUCGCUUACUUUGAUACCAACUCGGAGAAACUGCUCGCCGCAUCGGAUGCUAAGGGCUGGUCUAUCCUCCACCAUGUUGCAGCGGCCGGGAACACGGCCCUGAUGAAUGUUCUCCUGAAAAAUGGUGCUAAUGUCUCCGUGAGAAAUUUUGAUGGCGAGACACCUCUACAUACAGCCCUUGACAAGGGCAAAGAGGCAAUAGCCGCGAGGCUCAUGGAUGCUGGUGCGGAUAUCCUCAGCCCGGCCAAUGGGAGACCUAUCCUGGCUUUUGUGCACGCAAAUACCUCACAAACCUUCGUCGAAAAAUUGAUAUCCGCUAUUCGGGAUGCUGGUGGGGAUAUUUCUCAUUGUACACCUGAUGGGCACACGGCAUUACAUUAUGCAAGUCGCCGGGGGUACGACCGUUUAGUUAGUAUUCUCGUCGCCAACGGGGCAGAUGUAUUCGCUGCCAACAAAUAUGGUCAUCCGCCCCUGAUUUCAGCUAUUUUGCACAAACGUGUCGGGGUUAGCAAGACCCUCCUCCGCGCAAUGAAAUCGGAUCCCCACGGCUACGACAUCAACGAGCCCAUCGCUUCUCUCAAAAAUGUCCCUGAACCCUGGGUUCCAGAGAAAUCCAGGUUCUAUGAUGAUGGAGAUACACUCCUGCACUCCGCGGUCGGAACAUGGAGCUCAGACACGGUACAGCUGCUCCUCGAUUUUGGAGCCAAUCCUUUGGCACAAAACAACAUUCGCAAUAGAGAGCCAAAAACACCGUUUGAUAUCGCCGUUCUGGGCCGGUGUCCAGAACUAGUGAUUUUGAUUGCGGGGUUCAAAGACCCACCAGCAUUUUGGACAUCGAAUGGUUAUAUUCAGGAAGGAUUUGAGACCUGUAUCCGCGAGGCUUAUUCCGGGACAGUUCGCGUGCUUUGUGAGCUUUAUAUGGAGAAAAAGGUCCACCUUGACCUCGCAGCAGCAGCAGACGCAAUGUUAGAGACGUGCACAUAUUAUGGAGAUCAUGUGCCGGACCAGGAUGUCAAUGAUACCAUCACCUAUCUUGUUUCAGCAGGCGUCAAUAUCAAUGCGCAAGACAAGUCGGGGAGAACUCCCCUGCACCUACUCUGCGGAUUUGGUAAUGGCGAAGACCAAGACGACGCUAGAAUUAGAUUGAUGAAGUAUCUUUUAAAUUGCGGUGCCGAUUGGCGGAUUCGAGAUUGGGAAGGAAACACUGUUCUUGAUACUGCUGCGAAAGAAUGGGAGUCUGAGUCUGACUCUCUUAUGUCGCCCGACUCUGUUAUUCGGCAUAUACUCUCAACAAUCUCACCAGUGGCAGGCAGAUUGGUGGCAGAAUGAGGGCAGAAUUGGGGCAGACUGAAGGGUUUGCCCUCAUUGAUCACACGCAGGAGGCAGGGAAGGGGGCGUAGCAUUUUACGAGUGGUUUUCUGUCGGAUCAAUGGCCAAUAAUACACGGUGUGUAACCGCCAGUCCCUUUACCCCAGACCCGUUCAAGUGCAUGUGUAGUGUCGCAGACAAAGGCGCCACACCAAGGUACCGGUCGACCAUUCCCUUGCUCGAUCAUAUUAGGCCAAUAAUGGAGGCUCUGGUCAGCCUAGGCGAAUGAGCCUCUAAUUAAUUUGUCACAGCAGCUGUUGGGGGCCAGAGGAUAUUACCAAUGACAUAGAUUUUGAGUACCCUCCAAUCUGCAGUACAGAACCCGUUGGGGCCCCAUAAUCAGCCUCAAGACUAUCCAAGCCUCUAAGUGGCCCGGACAUUGCACCUCUCGGCAUAUUUGGUUACUCCCAGCUCCAGGAGCUGAUACUAUCGCUGGUGACCGACGGGAAGAAACCUACGAUGAUGUAGGAAAAUGGGACAACGCGCGGCUCCUGGAAGUGAUCCUCCUCGUCCUUGUCACAUUUGGAAGCAGCAUAAUGUGCUCGAGCAUAUAAAAAGCGUAAUGUAUCAAGUUUACGGCCUAGAACAGGCACCACGCCAAAAAUCUACCCAGGUCCGACCGUUAAG